AUGAUUGAAAGCCCAGCAAUAAAGAGGUUUGUAGUUGAUUACUUUAUCGAGCACAGCCAGGAGGACAUCGACGAGAUGGUGGCUAGCAUACACCGGCGUCUCCUGUCGGGAUUUGUAGUGAACGAGGAUGUGUGUGUCGUUAAGUCUGGGGAGUGUGGGCGGGUUGUUGGGGUCCUGGGGCCCAGAUAUGCAGUGAUGGUGCAGUCUCCCUGUGGAUGGCGUGAGGAGGACUUCGAGCUUUCCGAGCUGGCAAGGCGAGAGGGGGUGUCUGGAGGCAGGAUCCGGGGGUACCUGCUUGGAAUAACGAUGGAGACGCCCUUUGGGAGGGUUUUGAAGGAGAAUGCAUUCCGGAGCAUAAGAGACUCGCAGGAGGUGAUGCGGUGCAGGGUUCCGCAGAGCCAGUGCUGUGAGGCACCGAAUCCUGUUCCUGGGGGCUCUUCGGGAGGCAGAGGCGGUGGAGAGGAACAGGGUCCAGGGCAGCCAGGGUCCAGGGGGGCGGAGAGGCAGAAAGGCUUGUCUUCCAUGGCAGCAGAUGUGGAGUCGAUUCUGAGACUCUCUGAGGAGAGGAUUGUGAGUGUUGAGGGUCUUGGGCCCUGGGAUGUCGAGGCAGUGAUGAAGAUCUUUGGGGCACUGGCAACCUUUGGGUCUGUCUUCAGGAUCAGAAGCGUGGAUGCCUGGUCGCUGGCCUCGGCUAUUAGUGAUCCGGCGUAUGGGUCUGACAUGAUGCGUCUUGUGCACGAGAAGUUGGUUGGGGCACUUCGGAGAGAUAUUGAGGAGAACGGGAUGGACAGGUUUGUGGAGAACGUCAGGCCCUGUGUGGGGGUAGCGGUGGAGGCGAUGUGUUCAGCCGAGGGGCCGCAGGAUGUGUUGCAGGGCGGACAGCAGCAAGGGCCUGUGGAGGACUGUGGAAAGGAAGGGUGGAAAGACGAUCUGAGGGAGUUUAUUGGAUGUGUGUCGAGGGGGCUGGACACGGACAUUUCGCAGAUUGUGGAGUGCAUUUCUGCAAGAGACGGAGAACUGUCUCGCCGGGAGGCUCGGGGCAGGAUUGUUCUGCUUGAGCUACUGCUGAACAUGUUCUUUACAACGGCCUGGUUCCGGGAGGUGAUGUCUGAGAAGAUGGAGGAGUCUCUUGAGCUUGAGAGGAAGAGGAGGGAGCUGGGUGUGAGGGCCAGGAAGACAGGGGAGACAGGGUGCGAUGGCUCUGGGAGUGAGUGUGGCAGGCCGAGGAGUGAGUGUGGCAGGCCGAGGAGUGAGGCGGAGAGGGAUGCGGUGUGUGCAGCUCGCGAGAUAUUUAAGCUGCCCACGAGGGUUGUUCUUGGGGAGAUUGGCGGGAUAAGGUUUCUGAAUCUGGGCAAGAGGAUCUAUGCAGCCAAGGAGGGGGAGUACUAUCUGGUGGGGAGGGAUGCACUGGUGAGGCUGUGCAAGAGAUACCGUGGACGGAGCAAGGGCGAGAAGGCCACCAUGGCGAACAUAGAGCAGCAUGUGGAGGCUCUGCAGAUGUAG